AUGGCGAGUGUCGCAGACGCACUGAUCAAGAGCGCGGUGGGAAGCGCCGGCUUUGUUGCAAGCGCCUAUACGCUCACCAAGUUCAUCGUGGCUACGCCUGUGAAAAUCGCUCCACGUGGCGAUGAAGAGCACAACAUGGACGUGAUCUUAUGCUUUGACACGGACGCGUAUUCGCAGGCAGCUGUGGACUUCUUUGUGCAAAUGGUGGAGAAGCAAAGUCACCUGGUUAUUGCCCCCAAGUCGAAGAACGUACUGGAGAAACAGGAAGCAAAAGAAGGCGAGAUUGGAGCCUCGGGGCUGAAAGAAACGUACUACCUGCUGGGAGCUACGCAUGCUACACUGAUGGCGAUCAAGGAGAAGAAAGAGCGUGUGCUGUAUGGCGAGGUGAGUGAUGAGCCUGUGCCUGAACGCUUCUGUUCGGGAGACCGGAUCGAUCUCGUCAUGUUUGAACUGGAGAGGGUGAAAGUGCGAUCGGACUAUUGGUGUCCUACUGGAGACCAUGCCGUUGAAGUAGUGGAUGAUAAAAGUGUGGCUGAAAUACCGGAGCCGUGGCAAGAUGAGGACCAUGGUCGACUCCUGCAGCAAGCGAUGCAUUCAAAGUUGUUGACCGACCAUUUUCCGUUGCACGAUAACAAAGAACGCAGCGAGUUGGUCGAUAACUGGGUCAAGAAGUGGAUGAAGCCGCAGCCAGUGAACACUGUGCGCUCGUACUUUGGGGAGGAAGUGGGGUUCUACUUUGCUUUCCUUGGAAUGUACACGCAGUGGCUCAUGCCGCUAGCAGCGAUCGGUUUAUUGACGUUUGUGCUUGACUUCUUUCCAAGUUGUGCUGUGUAUGGCCGCGGAUUGUAUUCGCUGGUGGUGACAAGUUGGGCGACAGCUUUCCUGAAGUUUUGGAAACGUCGUGAGAGCACGAUGCGCAAUGAGUGGGGUAUUUCUGCAUCCGACUCGAUGGCUUCGGAGCUCACUCGUACCGAAUUCUUUGGUGAAAAACGCUACGAUCCGGUCGAAGGAUGCUACUACACCUACUUUCCACUCAAGGACCGCGCAAAACGCUACUUUGUGACGGCGUUCGCGACAAUGGUUGCGAUGCUUGUAGUCACCUUUCUUAUGGUGCUUUAUUGUUGGAUGGAUGAAUGGUUUGCGGUUGCAUUUGUGCCUGCUACAGGCUGGGACGGCUUGUACGAAUACGUGUGUCUUGUGCCUUCGAUCACGUACUCGAUCGUAGUACUGUAUCUAGAUGCAACAUACUCCAAGUUUGCAUCCAGUUUGACGCAGUACGAAAACCACCGCACCGAAAUUGACUUUGCGAAUGCGCGUGUGCUGAAGUUGGCGUUGUUUUACUUCGUGAACAACUUUGGCUUUCUAUUCUACGUGGCGUUCAAGACACGCAACAUGGUCCUGCUGGAGCAAACGCUGAGCUCGUUGCUGAUCACGCGGCAGCUUCUAGGCAAUAUACAAGAACAACUUCUGCCUUACAUGAGUAAGAGAUCGUCACUCAAGGCCGAAGCUGGGAAGCUGGCCAAAAAAACCAACGACACAUCCACUGUUGUGAACAAGAUUGACGCGGAGCUGCUUUUCCCGACGUAUGACGGCACCUUUGAUGAUUACUUGGAGAUGUUUGUGCAGUUUGGCCAAGUGACCCUAUUCGCAGCGGCUUACCCUUUAGCUUCGCUUUGGAGUUUGUGCAACAACAUUAUGGAGAUUCGAAGUGACGGUUUCAAGCUCUGCAUGAGCUUCCGCCGGAGCCGUCGAACGCCUUCGCAAGGCAUUGGUACAUGGUACUACGCAUUCAGUGCACUGGGGUACUUGUCGGUGAUGACGAAUUGCGCCAUCUUCGGGCUGCAUUCAGGAUUCCUGAACAGGCUCUUUCCAAAGAUCUCACCUGCCGGGUCACUAGUCGCAAUCAUCCUGAUGGAACACGCCAUGGUAGCUGUAAAGGUGUGUGUAGAACUGUUUGUACCGGACACAACCGCCGCCGUCACCGAAGCGCACCGCAUAAGGCGUGCUCGACUCCGCAAGAAGGCCUCACGUCAGGAGGAACUUUCGUCCCACCAGCUAGUUCAGUCGCAAGCAACGAUGGACGAUGAGCACGAAGACAAUGACGCAUGUGUUGUGCAUGAAGCAGUUGCAGUGGCCAACGUGCACGAGUGGCUGAAACGCGAAAAGAUACGUCGGCAGAAGCUGGAGCGCGAGCUCAAAAGCUUGAACGAUCUGUACAUGGGCUGGAUCCACGAAGAGCAGAAGAAGCGGAAGAGGACUGAAGACAAGUUGGCUACAUUCAUGGAACAAGCGGAGGCCCCUCCUGUCCAUACUACGGACAUGUUGAAGGAGAGCUAA